AUGGAGCCAUCGCCCGGUAUAUCACCGUUUUGCGGAACAUGCGGAAGACAACUGGCAGAGAAACAGGGACCUAGCAUGGCGCUGGCAGCGCACGGAGUUAUCUUAAGCAUCGCCUUUGUCGCCCUCUUCCCCUGCUUCGCCAUUUCAAUCCACAUCUCGUACGCCAAGACAGUCCCACGGAUCCACUCUCCGCUCCAACUUGUCAGUGUCGCUUUUGCCAAUACCGGAGUGGGACUAGGAAUUUAUUUUGGUGUCACCGCGAAUAAAAUAGGCUCGUGCCAUUCAAUCAUCGGUCUGUUAGUCAUGGGCUUCCUCACCUUGUUUCAACUGCUUAUGGGCCUGGUUCAGCAUAUUCAUUUCCAGAGGACAGGCGGGAAGAGUCUCUUUACGUAUAUGCAUCGUUGGCUGGGGAGGUUGAUAAUUGUCCUGGGGAUCGUGAACGGAGGAAUUGGGUUUUUGGCCACCAAAGAUCAGGGUGAUGCUGCACCGGCAGGGGCUAUUGUUGUGUACUCGGUUGUUGCGGGUGUGGUUGGUGUGGCGUAUACCCUUGUUGAGGUCAUUCUUCCAGUUCGAUCCAAAGCCCACGAUGCGCAGAAGGGGUUUUCACCGACCGUGACCUAA